CCCCCGCGAGGCUGAGAAGCCGCACCUCCUCCAUACCUCCAACGUAAAACGUAAACUGCCAUGUGGAAAUGCAUGCAUUAUUUACAUCCACGUACACACGCAGUAAACACACUAGUACAACCGGCCGCGCUGUUACAUACCGGUACAAAACAAUAUCGUGUUCAUCUACUCGCCUGCUUUAGCAGUAACAACAUCAUCAUAAAAACGCCUGAAUAUCUCACUUGAUUCAUAUUUUUUGGAGAACCACUAGCCUCUUUUGUUUUCCGUCUUGUCUUCUUGUGAGAUUAUCGAGACACACCGCAUCCAUCAUGUAUCAGAUACCUUCACAGCCGGAGUUUUGGGACAGUGCUUCUGUCAUCACCAAGGAUCCGACCCCCAUUAUUGAGGGCCAGUCCGAGAAAUUUAACCGGGUCAAGAGUGUCCUGGAGCCAUUCAACAUCUCAUUAGAAAUGAUGAAGGACAUUGGAGACAGGUUGACCGCUGAGAUGGUCAAGGGACUGGACAAAGCCACACAUGCCGAGGCCAAGGUCAAGAUGUUUCCAACCUACGUCCAGUCGCUGCCAGAUGGCACAGAACGAGGUGAUUUCUUUGCCCUGGAUCUGGGAGGGAGCAACUUCCGCGUUCUCUUGGUGCAGCUCCUGGAAGGAGAAGUCAAGAUGGAGAGCAAGACAUACGCCAUCGCCAAGGAGAUCAUGGUCGGAACAGGAGAUCAGCUGUUUGACUACAUCGCAGAUUGUCUGAAUGAAUUCAAGACGGAGCAAGGCCUUGGCAACAAGAGUUUACCUCUCGGUUUCACAUUCUCAUUCCCUUGUAAACAAUUGAGCCUUAAAUCAGGAAUCCUCGUAACUUGGACCAAAGGUUUCACAGCCGCCGGCGUAGAGGGCAAGAACGUGGUGGAUCUUUUAAUGGAAGCCUGCAAGAGACGGGGAGUGGACAUCGAUGUAAUAGCCCUUGUGAAUGACACGACUGGAACCCUCAUGUCCUGUGCAUACACUGAUCACAACGCAUAUGUAGGACUCAUCCUAGGUACCGGCACCAACGCCUGCUACAUGGAAGACGUUAACAAAGUAGGAACGUGGGAAGGGGACGGGAACGCCAGACAGACCAUCGUCAACAUGGAAUGGGGAGCAUUCGGAGACGACGGAGUCCUGGACGAUAUCAGGACGGAGUAUGAUCGGAACGUCGAUGAGACCUCACUCAAUAGAGGAAAACAACAAUAUGAGAAGAUGAUUUCAGGCAUGUAUCUAGGAGAGAUUAGCAGACAGGUCAUGGUCAAACUGGUCCAGUCUAAACUCCUCUUCAAUGGAGUCUCCUCCAAGGAGCUUGACACACCAGGAAAGUUUGAGACGAGAUUCACUACAGAUAUUGAAAAUGACAAGUCCAACAACGGGACCGAUGUUGCCAAGAUCCUCACCGACCUCAACCUGAAGCCCUCGCUCGAAGACAUCGAACUCGUCAGGGUCAUCUGUCACUCCGUAGCAAAGCGUGCCGCCCGCCUGGCCGUGGCCGGCCUGGCAGCGGUCACCAAGCGUGUCCAGAGAGACGACCGGCCGGAGGUGACCAUCGGGAUCGACGGGACCCUCUACAAGAAGCACCCUCUCUUUAAGCAAGAAAUGGAGGAGAUGAUGAAACUGCUGGUCCCUGGUGUCAAGGUCAAUUUCAUGCUGUCGGAGGACGGCAGCGGGAAGGGCGCCGCCCUCAUCGCCGCGGUAGCAUGCAGGCUACACAACAACAAGGUUCAAUAAUUAGAAUGUAAAAUUAAAAAUAAUUAUGAAAUCCUUUCUGGAGCACAUGGUGAUUUCAUUGUUGUCAUGGUAAUGAAAAGUGGCUGAAAUAUUAACACUUCUGUAUCGUUUGUGUUUACAUCUAAACAGUGAGAAAUUUGCUCAUUUGAAUUGGCCUCGCUAGUUAAUAUAUGAUAAUGAUAUGUUGCACAUUGUGCAGUUUUAAAUUGCCAUAUUAAGGAGGCUUAUAAACUUGGGGGGGGGGGGGAUAUGAAUCAAGUCAGAUUUAAAGAUUUACAUGUUUUAAAACACCAUACUGUCUCAAUUUGCUGUAUGAUUAAAGCAUUAUACAUUGGGUAUUUGCUUUCCAUGCAGCAUAUAUGUGUGUGUGUGGGACCAGGGCUGUAUGUGACAGAGGCGAUGUUUCGUAAACAAUAUUUAAACAGGGUUUGGAUAUA